AUGAAUUUAACAUUAGAAGAAUUUGACGAGGAUUUUGAAUUUAAUUUAAAUAAAAAUAAAGAAAUUGUUAGUUUAAUGAAUUUACCUUUAAUUAAAGCUUUAUUUUUAAUUUUCUAUAUUAUUGUGUUUGUUUUGUGUGUUUUUGGUAAUUCUCUUGUACUUUUAUGUAUUAUUGGUAAUCGUUCAAUGAGGACAGUUACUAAUUUCUUUUUGGCUAAUUUAGCUAUUGCUGAUUUAUUAGGUAAUAAUUUUGAAUUUAAAUUUAAAUUAAAAAUAAAAGUUGGAAUAUUUUGUGUUUGUCAAAAUGCUGUACAUUUUGCUUUAUUCGCCCAUGGAACUUGGCCUUUUGGAAAACUUCUCUGUCAUUUAUAUAUUUAUAUUUUACAUUUAAUUCCAAAUAGUUCUGCCGGAAUUUUAAUUUUAUUGUCUGUUGAACGUUUUAUUGCCGUUUUACGUCCAAUGCUUGUUCAACAUUUAAUGACUAAAUCUGUUUUAAUUUUGUGUACUUUACUUGUUUGGACAUUGUCUAUUUUAAUGAAUAUUCCUUAUUUAAUUGCUGUUCAAUAUAUGGAUCUGUAUAAUCCUGAAAUUGGGCAACAUUAUGGAAUAUGUACUCGUCAUCAUCUAAUUUGGUGGGAUAUUAAUGUACUUCAAUUAGUUUCUACUGUAAAUUUAAUUGUUUGGUAUAUAUUACCCCUUACUUUAUUAUUCUCUAUUUAUGCAACGAUUGGACUUGUUUUAAUAAAAACAACUGAAGAUGAUGCUGUUGUUAGAACUUCACAAGCUUAUCGAAAUUUAUCUACAGCCGCCCCUCCUCAACAAUUAUCUAAUUCUUCUAAUAGUACAUUAAUGACUAGACAAAGCAUUGAUUCAGAAUUGAGCUGCGAGGCACGUGCUGGACUUAAUCGACGUGCGGGAAGUUAUAGCGGCGGAAAUAAUGGGAGAAGAAGAACUUUACCUAAAAUUGAAUUGGUAGAUAGUCGUCGACGUGUUAUUAGACUUUGUGCAGUUAUUGUAUUAGCUUUUGCUUUACUUUCAUUGCCUAGAUAUAUUUAUUUAACUUGGUCUGUUUGGAGAGAAGCAAAUGCCCCACGCUGUUUAAAUUGUUUAUCCGCAUUAAUUCAACCAACAACAUUUUUAUUAAUGUUUUUUGCUUCAGCAAUUAAUCCAAUUUUAUAUGCAUUUUUAUCACAAAGAUUUAGAGCAGCAAUUAAAGAUACUUUUAGUUUUGGUAAAAGUCAAGCAAAACAAAAAGAGCAAAUGUUACAACUUUUACGUAGUCACCGUUUAUCAACACAAUUAGAAAGGGAUGUUUUUGGAGAACCAAUUCAACAAGCUACAAGAACAAUGAGCUGUACAAGUUUACAACAACCAAUUAAUGUAAAAUAA